AUGGGCAAACCACGGAUGAUCAUCUUGGUCCGCCAUGCACAGUCGGAAGGCAACAAGAACCGGGAAAUCCAUCAGAUGGUCCCCGACCAUCGGGUUAAACUCACUGCCGAAGGACAUCGACAAGCUCUCGAGGCAGGUACUCGUCUGCGAAGCCUUCUGCGACCCGAUGAUACCAUUCACUUCUUCACCUCUCCUUAUCGUCGAACCCGCGAGACCACCGAAGGAAUUCUACAGUCCCUGUCGUCCGAUACCCCGUCUCCGACUCCCUUUCCCCGACACACCAUCAAAGUCUAUGAGGAACCCCGACUCCGCGAGCAAGACUUCGGGAACUUUCAACCAUGCUCGGCGGAGAUGGAACGGAUGUGGCUGGAACGGGCGGACUACGGCCACUUUUUCUAUCGCAUCCCCAAUGGCGAAUCGGCGGCCGAUGCCUAUGACCGAGUAAGCGGGUUCAACGAGUCGCUAUGGCGUCUAUUCGGGGAGGACGACUUCGCCAGUGCUUGUGUGCUGGUGACUCAUGGGCUGAUGACCCGGAUUUUCCUCAUGAAAUGGUACCAUUGGAGUGUCGAGUACUUCGAGGAUCUGCGGAACAUCAACCACUGCGAGUUCGUAAUCAUGAAACUCAACCCAGACAAUGGAAAGUAUGUGCUGCAGAACCAGCUCCGUACCUGGUCCGAACUGCAAAAGGAGAAAGAGCUGGAGAGACAGCGAGAGAGGGCCGCGAAGGGACUUGGGCCGGCCCCUCUAACGCCGUCAGACAUUGCUAUCCCAAUCAGGCGCUGGGGCGGCUGUCCUGACGGAUGUAACCAUGGCAUUCGGAGGAAAGGCUCAGUACGGCCGUCCCGGGCGAAUGGAGCCGUGGAUCAUCAGCACAAGAAACAUCACGACACCGCCCAUCACGCUGCGACACAAGAAAACAGGACAGAAGACCCUUCGCGCCUGUUAACCACGAAAUCGACGGUCCAGGAGGAACAGCUGGAGUCAACUACGCCUCAGCCAACACGGGGAGAUAUAUCCGAAGAUACAAAACCCAUCCCUUUCUCCCCUCAACCACAGCAGAGUCUCUACGGACAAGAUGCAACCAAGAAUACCCGGAUCACUCGGAUCAAACCUCCAACAAACGACGGGGCGAGUGGCAUUUACGAACCCGAUGAUCGAAACACGCCCAGUCCACGAAACUCUCCAUCAGUUAGCACAAAUACUCCAAGCCCGAUCCCUAAACGGCCGGGACUGGCCAACUUCCACCGUGACAGCGAAGAUCACCUCCUCCACCCACCGCGGUCGAACUACGCCCUCUUCCAUCUCGGUGGUCGGGAUGGAGGUGGUUCCCUGAGCGGAGCCAACAGCCUAGCUCCCUCCGAGGACGAGCAGCACGACCAUCAUCGACGACACCAAUUCCCUGCUCGUACCAUCCCACAGCAUCAACCCAAAUCGUCCCAGGACCUAGGAAACGACGGCGACGACGAAGGCAGCAGUACGCAGACGCAAAGACUGCGUCGAACCCGAUCCCAUCAUCAUACUUAUCAUUCACAUGCUCAUCCUCAUCCUCAUAGUCACCGCCACUUCGUUCCCUCGGGCAGACGUCAGCUUGCGCAGAAAGUCGCAACCAUCUUGACCGACCGGAAUCGAAACGAGAACAGCGACGAGGAGGACAAUUCCAUAAGCCAUUGUCUUGAUGAGGAAAUUGACAAACUAGACCCUUCCUCACUCGAGGCCCAACGUCGAGAGGAUCAAAGUAUCCGCGGAAGCGUAUACUAA